UUCUGGGUCAGCUGGUGCUGGCGUCAGGUGGAGGGAUGGGCUGGCUCGGCUCGACCCGGCAGGGCUUGUUUACUAUGGCUGAUGAUCUGGAGCAGCAGCCUCAAGGCUGGCUGAGCAGCUGGCUGCCCACUUGGCGCCCCACUUCCAUGUCUCAGCUGAAGAAUGUGGAAGCCAGGAUCCUCCAGUGUAAGCCUGCAGAACAGUUCCUGGCCCGAUAUGUGUCCCUCCCAAACCAGAACAAGAUCUGGACGGUGACAGUGAGCCCCGAGCUCAGGGACCGCACCCCGCUGGUGAUGGUGCACGGCUUCGGGGGCGGUGUGGGCCUCUGGAUCCUCAACAUGGAUUCACUGAGUGCCCGCCGCACGCUGCACACCUUCGAUCUGCUGGGCUUCGGGCGAAGCUCGAGGCCAACGUUCCCGAGGGACCCAGAGGGAGCCGAGGACGAGUUUGUGACUUCAAUAGAGACAUGGCGGGAGACCAUGGGGAUCCCCAGUAUGAUCCUCCUGGGGCACAGCCUGGGAGGAUUCCUGGCCACCUCCUACUCAAUCAAGUACCCUGACAGAGUUAAACACCUCAUCCUGGUGGACCCGUGGGGCUUUCCCCUCCGACCAACUGACCCCAGCGAGAUCCGUGCACCCCCAACUUGGGUCAAGGCUGUGGCCUCUGUCCUAGGGCGUUCCAAUCCACUGGCUGUUCUUCGAGUAGCUGGGCCCUGGGGGCCCGGCCUGGUCCAGCGAUUCCGACCGGACUUCAAGCGCAAGUUUGCAGACUUCUUUGAAGAUGAUACUAUAUCGGAGUAUAUCUACCACUGCAAUGCACAGAAUCCCAGUGGGGAGACAGCAUUCAAAGCCAUGAUGGAGUCCUUCGGCUGGGCCCGGCGCCCCAUGUUAGAGCGAAUUCACUUGAUUCGAAAAGAUGUGCCCAUCACCAUGAUCUAUGGGGCCAACACCUGGAUAGACACUAGCACGGGAAAAAAGGUGAAGCUGCAGCGGCCAGAUUCCUAUGUCCGAGACCUGGAGAUCGAGGGUGCCUCGCACCAUGUGUACGCGGACCAGCCUCACAUCUUCAACGCGGUGGUAGAGGAGAUCUGCGACUCGGUUGAUUGAGCUGCUCUCCCUACAGGCCGAGGAGAAAGUCAGCGAGUCGCUCUCCCCUCCCUGUCUCCUUACUCACCCCUCUGUCCUUUCCUCACCCACUAACACGUGCCAGCCAGGCAGAGUCUUGGGCUGUCCCCAGGGCAGGGCCACAGAAGAAAAGCACUCCUGACCCCAGGGACAGGGCUGGAGGCAAAAGCCACAAGAGGCCUUGAGCUCCCCACCCUGGGAAGAACAUAAAGGGUUGCAGAGCGCCACCCCAUUCUCUCCAAGCCAAGUGUUACCCAGGUGGUGGUCAUGAAGGGAUCGUCCCAAGCCACUGCCCCCCCUUCCUCCCCUGCCAAAGGGAGGGGGACGCUGCUCCUGCAUCUCAGCGGCCUUCCCCAGUUCUACGGUGUGCAGGAGGAGAAGCUUCAUGCUGGAACAUCUUCCACCUCCAUCACCCCGUGACCCCCAUCCCAUGCCAGCUCCAUCCAGAGACUUGACCUGCAGACUUCCCUCCCAUGACCUAAGAGAUCAUAUCCAAAGCCCUCGGUAACCACAGAGGCACAGAGCAGGGCAGGGCAGGGCAUGGCUGGUCCAUGGUGAGACAGCUCUGUUCCAGGAGAGCCUGUUAGCUAAGGUUUGAGACAGGCACCAUUGCCAAGGGGCUGGUCCCAGUCCUGGCCAAGGCUAAGCCCAACCCUGCCCCACAUUCCAGCCUCAUUGUACAGGGAUGCUGUAUUCCUGCCCUGUGCCUCAGGCCUGGCUGCCUAAGCUGGGGACACUCAAGUGCUUCCUUCCCUGCCCCCUCUUCCUCCCACUGGGAGGCCUCUGGGCCACCCUCUGUGCCUUGGGCCCUGAAGCCCCACCCCUAGUACUGAGAAAGGUGGCCCCUGGUGGAGAGAAGGGAAAGGCCCUUCACGUCUGGGCAUAUCUGGAUCCCAUCCUCUCUAAUAUUCGCUGGGUUUUUCUACCUGCCCCUGGAACUGAGGCCCACGAGAGCCUCUGCCCAGGGUCCAGUGGGGAGCCUCCAGCCAGCAGUUCCCUGUCCUCCUCAGCCACAGGAUCGUCCUCACUGCCUGGCCCUCCAUCCCUGCCACCUGUCCCCCUGGUCUCCAGCUCAUCCCACCCUCGACCUACCUGUCACUCUUUCCCAGGGGCUGGAUCCAGGUGCUGCUCUGAGGUUCUGGGCAGUAGGCUGGGCCUGGCCUCAGAACCAGGGCAGCUCCUGCCUUCUCCUUCCCUUUUGUAAAGCCAACCCUUUCACCAGAAUAGUAUUAACUCCUGGUGCUUUGUACUACUGGUCCAGCUGCCUUGGGCUCCUUUUCUAUAUUAAUAAAGAAAUGAGUCAAAAGUG